GUCAAAGAACAAGUUUUAUCGUAACUUUGAACUGGUAGACGUAUUUAAUUAUUUAAGUAUCUUCUAUGAUGUGAUGCUGUGCCCAAAUCAAGGCACUUGGAAAUAGGCAUAUGGGUCCUUUUUCCAAAGUAUGACGUAGCGUUUUUAAACCGGAAGUCAAACUGAUUGCGUUUUUGCUAGCUUGAGCCUUAAUAUUUUUUGUGAAGCAGUACAUUCAGAGCGGAAACAUGUUGUCUAUGUUCAAGUCCAUUCCCACGCAUAUGGAUUACAAGGGCCAGAAGCUGGCAGAACAGAUUUUCCAAGGAAUCAUACUCAUCUCAGCGGUGAUUGGAUUCGUAUACGGUCUAAUCAUUGAGCAGUUUGGUUGGACUGUGUAUAUAGUAUUGGCUGGUUUUGCAGUGUCUUGUGUGUUGACCCUGCCGCCCUGGCCUAUGUACAGGAGGAAUCCUCUGUCUUGGCAGCCAGCUGUGCCAGAGAGCAGUGGGGAAUUGACCCAAAAGCCUCAGGAAAGUCUCAAGAAGAAGAAGCAUAAAUAAAUAAAUAGCUAUUCUCUCUCUGGUUGUAAAAGCAAAUUUUUGUAUGGGAAGUGUCUUUCACAGUUCUAACGACAUUAUACAUGCUUUACGCACCCAUCUAUCCAGCCAUUCAUCUUUCUGCGCAAAUCAAAAAUCACAUUGUGGACGAAACAGCUUCAGGACUAGGAAACCCAAAGAUCCCUCCCUCCAGCACCUCCAGAUUUAAUAUUGGCUCUCAAAAAGUGCAGACAUUUGGUGAAAAAAUAUAUGCAG